GGCGCCGCCUUGUGUCCAGACACUGAUCUGUGGGAGGGGACUGAAGAUCCACAUGACGAGGGCUGGACUUCAGAUGGAUUCUGUGGCAGUUUUGUUUCCAGACUCUUUGAGGAGUUCAGCACCAGGAGACAGAGACUGACAACAGGUGACAGACGACCAACCCGAGGACAAACAGCUCUGAGUCAGCUCAGUUCAGGAUGGACAGGAAGCAGCGCUGCGUGAAGCUGUCGGUCCAGCCGUCCAGAGGACUCAUGGAUGAGAAGUUCACAGUCCUGGUCCAGAAUGUCUCGCCUGGUUUCCAGCUCACCGUCCACGCCCUCCACCAGUGUGAAGACGGACACAGCUGGGAGGCGUUCGGUCACUACACUGCCGACGCCACCGGGACCAUGAACGUUUCAGAGGAUCCCAGUCUGGGUGGGACGUAUUCUGGGGUUGAACCGAUGGGCCUCCUUUGGAGCCUCAGACCGGUUCCAGGCAGCAAAUCUGGACUCAGGAUAAGGAAGGUGAAUGUCCAGACUCCCAUGGAGGUCACAACCUCAGUGUACCAGGGUCACCAGACCAAGGGGUUCAUGGAUCAGGUGCCGCUGGCUGGAGUGGUGGUGGAGCGCUGGUACAUGGCUCCUGGCGUCCGCAGGAUCCCGAUCACAGAGGACGAACUCACUGCGACGCUUUUCCUGCCGCCAGGACCUGGACCUUUCCCCGGCCUCCUGGACCUGUGGGGGGGUGGAGGGGACUUGCUUGAAUACCGUGCAGCGCUGUUGGCCUCCCAUGGCAUCGCCUCGCUGGCUCUCGACUACCUGACGCCUAAAAUCACCAUGGAAACCGGAAAUCUGGUGAACAACAAGUACUUUGAGACGGCCUACAGAGUCCUGCAGCAGCACCCUCAGGUCCUCGGCAGCAGGAUCGCCAUGUUGGGCCUUUCCUUUGGCGCCAGCAUCACCCUCAAAAUGGCUGCGUACUCCCAGGUUGUAAAGCUCAGCUGUGCGGUGUGUGUUAGUGGGAGUCAUGUGCAGCCGGUUGAAGGAUCUGUGAAAGAAAUACUGGAUUUCUGUCGCGAAAAUGCCGGGAAGACUCGCUUCAGCGAGGAGAACGAGGUGAUCUGGAGAGAACUGCUGCUGCCCAUCCCGACCGACCCCUCACUCAAAGUGGACGUUGGACAAAUCCAGUGUCCUCUGUUGCUGGUUGUGGGUGAGGACGAUCAGAACUGGCCCGCCCACGAAUCUGCAGUGGACAUGAAGGAGAUGAUGGAGCGAGCGGGGAACAGCCACCUGCUGACAGUCCUGUCGUACCCUAACGCCGGUCACCUGAUUGAACCUCCGCACAUGCCGCACGCCCGAGCCAGCCUCUUCAGAUCAGUCGCAUCUCGUCACAGCGUGAUGGCUCUGUGGGGCGGAGAGACGGUGGCACAUGCUCAUGCUCAGGAGGACGCCUGGAGGAAGAUGCUCGUCUUUCUGAGGGAGAAUCUGUAAAGCAGCACAGCCCCUCUUUCACACCUGUAACCGAAGAGAUGAUAAUGGAUUAUAGAGGGAGAAGAGUUAUUUCAGGACACUUGUUCUGGAUGUUAAAAUUACAGAUGCACAAUAUAUCAGUGGCUGAUAAUUAAGAAAAUGUCCCAGUAUUUUUGGUUUAUUUUUCCCUUGGUCAGUUCACUGUUUACCUUUGUACCAUUUAACAUUAUUCACUG